AGGUGAAUGCAGGUUAGGUGAAUGCGUCUUUCACAGUGACGGAGCGACGGAGGAGGAGCCAAUCACAUAUCAGCAGUUUGGAUUUAUGCCAGCGUCUUUUGGCCCGUAAGACUUUCCAACGUAUCGGAGGAAGAGCGCCAGCGGACACGACAUGCCGUACACACCGUCUGGCUUUUUCUGCGACCGGCUGAUCCGGGAGCGCGAGCGCAGGGACGGCGAGGGAUCGCUCGCCAAGCCCGUGCGCUUCAACGGCCAGGACUUCGGCGGCCUGCGGCAGGACUGCCUGCAGAGGAAGAGCCUGUUCGAGGACGAGUCCUUCCCCGCCUCCGUGGAGUCGCUGGGCUUCAAGGAGCUGGGCCACAAGUCCAACAAGGUCAAGAACAUCGUCUGGAAGAGGCCCAAGGAGAUCUGCGAGAACCCGCAGUUCAUCGUCGGAGGAGCCAGCAGGACCGACAUCUGCCAGGGGGAUCUGGGGGACUGCUGGCUGCUGGCCGCCAUCGCCUGCCUCACCCUGAACGAGAAGCUGCUGUACCGGGUGGUUCCUCAGGAGCAGAGCUUCUCCGAAGGCUACGCCGGAAUCUUCCACUUCCAGUUCUGGCGCUAUGGCGACUGGGUCGACGUCGUCAUCGACGACCGCAUCCCGACCUUCAACAACCAGCUGGUGUUCACCAAGUCUGCGGAGAGGAACGAGUUCUGGAGCGCGCUGCUGGAGAAGGCCUACGCCAAGCUGCACGGUUCCUAUGAGGCCCUGAAGGGCGGGAACACCACCGAGGCCAUGGAGGACUUCACAGGCGGAGUCACCGAGUUCUACGAGAUGAAGGAGGCGCCCAAGGAGCUCUACAAGAUCAUGAAGAAGGCUCUGGAGAGGGGCUCCUUGAUGGGCUGCUCCAUCGAUUCGCUGGUUCCUGCUCGGUUCGAGACCCGGACGGUGACGGGGCUGGUGAAGGGCCACGCCUACUCUGUGACGGCGGUGGAGGAGUGCAAAGCGUCUCCGAACAAGGAGUCCAAGGUCCGCCUGGUGCGCCUCAGGAACCCGUGGGGCCAGGUGGAGUGGAACGGUCCCUGGAGUGACAACUCCAAGGAGUGGACCACUCUGUCCAAGUCCGAGAAGGAGAAGCUGCAGCACCAGAGCGCCGAGGACGGAGAGUUCUGGAUGUCCUUUGAGGACUUCAAGAAGAACUACACCAAGAUCGAGAUCUGCAACCUGACCCCCAACGCCCUGGAGGACGACAAGAUCCACAAGUGGACGGUUUCUGUCAACGAGGGCCGCUGGGUCCGAGGCUGCUCCGCUGGAGGCUGCAGGAACUACCCAGACACCUUCUGGACCAACCCUCAGUACCGCCUGCGGCUGCUGGAGGAGGACGACGACCCCGAGGACAACGAGGUGGGCUGCACCUUCGUGGUGGCGCUGAUGCAGAAGAACCGGCGGAAAGAGCGGAAGAUGGGCGCCAACCUGUUCACCAUCGGCUUCGCCAUUUACGAGGUGCCGAAGGAGAUGCACGGGAACAAGCAGCACAUGCAGAAGGACUUCUUCCUGUUCAACUCCUCCAAGGCGCGCUGCAAGUCCUACAUCAACCUGCGGGAGGUGACGCAGCGCUUCCGCCUGGCGCCCGGCGAGUACGUCAUCGUGCCGUCCACCUACGAGCCGCACCAGGAGGGCGAGUUCAUCCUGCGGGUCUUCUCCGAGAAGAGGAACACCUCCGAGGAAAUAGAGAACAGGAUCGAGGCGGACCAUCCCGUGCCGGCGCCGGCGUCGGCGGGCGAGGAGAGCGAGGACGACCAGCAGUUCCGCUCGAUUUUUCAGGAGAUAGCCGGCGAUGAAAUGGAAAUCUCAGCCAACGAACUGAAGAACGUUCUGAACAGAGUGAUCACCAAACAUAAGGACCUGAACACCGAGGGCUUCAGCCUGGAGAGCUGCAGGAGCAUGAUAGCUCUGAUGGACAUGGACGGAACGGGUCGACUCAACCUGCAGGAGUUCAGACACCUGUGGAACAAGAUCAAACAGUGGCAGGGAAUCUUUAAACAUUAUAACUCGGACCAGUCCGGCAGCAUCAACAGCUACGAGAUGAGGAACGCCGUGAACGACGCAGGCUUCCGUCUCAACAACCAGCUGUACGACAUCAUCACCAUGAGAUACGCCAACGAGAGCAUGAACAUCGACUUCGACAGCUUCAUCAGCUGCCUGGUGCGGCUGGAGGCCAUGUUCAGAGCGUUUCAGGCCUUCGAUCAGGACGGAGACGGAACCAUCAGACUCAGCGUCCUGGAGUGGCUCCAGUUGACCAUGUACGCCUGAAGGUGACCCGACCUGACGACGCCGUGAGCCUUCAUCCUCUCCUCCUCCUCCUCCUCCUCCAGCCCUGCAGCUCCUCCCCUCCCACCAUCGUCAUCAUCAUCUUCAUCAUCAUCAUCAUCAGUCUCCUUUCAGCCAUUCCUUCACAUUUUUCAAGGACGCUCGUACCGUACUUCUCUCAGGCAGCAAAAACACACACAACCUCUUUUUUUCUGUCACGAUACCUCAAACGCCUUUCUGUUGAAGUUCCUGUUAGAACGUGACCCGGUUCUCCGGUUCUCCGGGCUCUCUGGACUGUCAAUCUGUCGGCCUUCUCACAAUCAACACUUGAAGCUGCAGCGAAACACAAACUCCACUUUUAUACCAGCUUGUUUUUGUCUGUGGGAAAAUCCUCCUGGACCAGGAGGGCUGGUCCACACCUCCCCCCAGCAGCACAGCGCCCCCGGUGGACACUCUCAGGACGUCCUCUGGCCCGUCCGCCAGGCCUUCGGCUCCCCGUGUGGACGGACGCCGGUCAGGAGGCUCAG